CAAAAGCAGAGAGGAAAUGCCUGUGUGUGCGUGUCUGCAUGUUUAUAUGUGUGUGUCACUUUGGCAGCUGGGACAAACUGCUAUCAGUCAGCACAGCGGACACUGAAAUACCUCCACCAGGACCUCCAGCCUCUCGUUUUGAUUUGAGAUAUUCGGAAUCUGCUCAUCCUCUCAGGAACUCGCGUUCAAAGCUCUUUUUUACUCUUAUCUUGGAUUUCUUUAUGGUUUUGUGCGGAUUUAUGAUGGGGAAUUAAAAUGGUGAGGAAGAAAAAGCUGCUGGUGUUUGAAAUUUGUGGAAGCAUGAUGUGGGAUGGAUAAACAACUACAAAACUCUAAUAUGGCGUCUAAUGAGCCGGACCUUCCUGCCCUCUCCGGUGACCCCCAGCCUGGUGACCUCAUUGAGAUUUUCAGACCAGCCUAUCAGCACUGGGCUCUCUACCUGGGAGAUGGUUACAUCAUCAACUUAACUCCUGUUGAUGAGAGCCAGGCAGCCGCCAUGUCCAGUGUGAAGUCUGUCUUCAGCAGGAAGGCAGUGGUACGCAUGCAGCUACUGAAGGAGGUGGUGGGAAGUGACUCCUACCGUGUCAACAACAAGUAUGACCACAACCACACACCCCUCCCUGUCUGUGAAAUCAUCCAGCGGGCACAAGUCCUCAUUGGCCAGGAGGUCUCUUAUGACUUGCUGGGGAGCAACUGCGAGCACUUCGUUACCCUUCUUCGUUAUGGGGAGGGGGUGUCUGAGCAGGCUUCACGAGCCAUUGGGGCCAUCGGUUUGGUGACGGCAGCAGCCAGUGCCUUCUCUGUCCUGGGACUGAUCAACACACGGUCCAGAAACAGGCCUUUCUGACAGCUGUCGUCUUCACUGAAGUGUUUUCCCUAAAUUCAUUUGGCUGUGAUAAAAAAUAACAAA